AAUAAAAAAAUAAGUAAAAAAUAAAAUAAAGGAGAUGAUGUUUUUAAUUUAUAAGAAAAAUAUAAAUUAAAUAUUAAAAAGUUAUAACAACAAAAAUGUUUAUUUUUUUAAAAGAUAAAACCAAAAAAUAAGAAAUAUUAAUUCAUUAAAAUAUGAAAUUGAAAAUAACCCUGAAUUUGAUAAAGCAUUCCCAUAAUUCGCAAAAAACAAACCUUAAACAACAUUACAUAAAAAAUAAGAAGAAUUAGAUUUUAUUAAAUCACUAGGAUUAAAGUAGAGAAUUAAUUAAAAAUAUCACUUGAAGAUGCAUAACAUUUAAAUUAUAAAUAAUUUGUUGAAGGUUAUAAAUCACCUUAAGGUCCUUUAAGAUAUAUGGAUGCUGAAGAAAAAAAGAAGAUUAACAUAUUAAUUGAUGAAAAAUUAGACUAAUUAGAAGCUACUGGACUUUCUAGAGAAGAAAUACUUUAUGAUAACCCAUAACAUAUUGGAAUACCUCUUUCUUAAGAUCCUUUCUUUUAAUAUUUGAAAAAAAAUUAUUUAUCAAGAGAAGUUUUUUUAAAACCAGGAGAAUAAUAUACAGUUUAAAAAAUUGUAGAUCUAGCCUUAAGAUAAGAUGUUGGCCCUGAUCCUUCAAUUGCAGCUGGAAAAUAAAAAGACGCAAAGUUUUAUCCUGCUUAGCAAAUUGGAUAAGCUCAUUAAAGAGCUCCUGAAAAAGCUUUCGACCCUGAUACUUAUGCAGCAGAAUCUUCGUCUUAAGCUAAACAUUAUUUUAGAGAAUUAGUUAGACCUGAUAGAAAAAUUUAUGAAAAGCCAUUAACUAAAGCAUAACUUAGAAAAUAAAAUAUUAGAAGGUUGAAUUAUUUCGAUAUUCAUUGGAGAAAUACAGAACUUUUAUCAUAAUUCUUGAACACUUCAUGUUUUAUUAGAAACAAAUAUUAAAAUAGAUUAACAAAACCUUAAUAAAAGAAAGUAGCAAAAUAAAUAAAAAUAAGCUAAUAAAUGUUACUUUUACCUUUUAGAGGAUAUAUUAAACCUUCAGAUAGAAAAAGUUUAACUACUUUACAUGAAGAUAUUAUGAAUUCUAUAAGAACUGCUAUUAAUAUAGAAACUGGUCAUAUAUAUAUUAAAGGAUAAAGAGAUUAAAUUACGAAAGAUUACUAAGUUUAAGGAAGAGGUUCUUAUCUUUCUAAUAAAGAUGAAUAAACUUUACUUGAAGCUAGAGUAAGUGCUGCACUUAAAAAAGAAUAAUAAUUAAUUGAUUUAGGAAUUGAUACAAAAAUUAUUAGAGAAAAAUACAGAGACCCUUUGAAUAAAUCUAACUUUUCUCCUGAGAAUGCUGCAGAAUUAGAAUUAAAAGAUUAUAUUUAUCCUCCAGAAUAUGAUACAAUUAAUAAUUAGGAUUAAUAAUAAUUAAAAGAUUCUUAUGAAAGGCUCAAAUAGAAAAUAUUAGAUUAACCUGUUGAUUAAUUCAGUACUUUAUUAGUUCAUGAAAAAGCUACAAAUACGGAGGCCUUUGAAAAAUAAACAUAAGAAAGUGAAUUAUCAUUAAAUGAAAGCUUGGAAUUUAUUAAUGAUAUUAGAAGUAAAGCUGGGUUAACUCCACUUUCUAUUUGA